UCGCAGGCCUCUGCCGCAGACAUGGAGAAACUCAGGCUGCGCAGCCCCUGGGUGCCCUCGUGCCUCGGGCAACCCCGCGUCCUGCAGGGCCGACUGGCCAGGUCCUCACCCUCGCUCUGGGACAGGUAAUACACCUGUUGUCUCCCCGGCUCCUCGGUGUCUCUGCGCCUGUCCCCAGACGUCCAUCCCACAUCUGCAUCAACUCCCCCGAUGAGGCCCAGAGAGGGGGAGGGUGUCAGCUGCCAGCACACCCUCGCCAUUGCUUCCCGGCCAUCUGGUCUUGGAGGCGAGGCCCCGGUGUCCCCACAGACCAGCCCUGGGCUCGGUCAUCGGGCUCAGGCCUCUGCUGAGCAGCCAGAGGGGCUCCUGGUGGGAGGCAGGUGGGGUCCCACUCUGCGCCGAGGGAGCUCAUCUUUCUCCCCUGUGAGGUGGGGAAGCCUUCCAGGGGCUUCCCACGGGCAAGGAGGGAACCACGAAGCAUGCACCCACCAGCACACACCCUGCCGGGUGAGGCCAGAUACUGAUCAAUUCACCAGGACCCAGGUCAAAGCGAGGGGACCCCCCCCGGGCAGCAGUGUGAGCAGGGCUUCCCGAGCCCCCCAGCCGGGAGGGUGACCCUGAUCCGGAGGGUGGUGCAUGAGGGAUUUCCAGGCCCUCCCUGUGCAUCUGCUGAGGGGCCCCCUGAGCCAACUCCACACCAGGGGGGAGGCAGAGGCACUGAGCAUUCCCCCCAUGGUGCCUGCCCCCGGCAUCGUCUCUUGGCGGUUCUGAUGAUCCGGGGAAUGCAGGGACCACGGUGACAGCCCUGUUCCCUGAGGGUGGGUGCUUCAGCGUGUGGGUGCACACAUCCCCGUUUUACAGAUGUGGAGACUGAGGCUGAGGUCAGGCAGGGCUCGGGCAAAUUCCCUGGGAGGGAAAGGCAGGAAAGGAUGGUGGUACCAAACAGGUGACUGAAGACCUCAGGGUGCCCAGCCCAGGGCCCUCCCUGGACCAGGCAGGGGAGGGGACAUGUCCAAAGCUCUGGAGUAGUUGAUGGCCAGGACUUGGUGAAGGACUGUGAAGGGUGGCCACAGGCAGUGAGAGGGGUCACCACGGCUUCUCAGGGUCUGACUGGGGACCGCUGGUAGCUGUGACCUUCCCGGGGCUGGGGAGCACAGGGGGCAGAGAAGAGUCAGCACUGGACGCGCUGGCUGUGAGGUGCCUGUAGGCCUUCUGGGAGGAGAGGCCGGUGGGCGGCUGGACGUGGAGGGCAGUAGAGCCCUAGAGAGAGGUCGGGGCUGCAGAUGGAGGCUGGGGAGGGGUUCGUGUGUGGCUGGGCACAGAGGACCUUAGGCCUGAGAUGUGCGGGGAGGGGGCGAGGGGUAAACCAGGGCCCUGAGGAUCAGCCUGGGCGACGGAGCUGGAGCGGCAGAGGUGGGGAGGCGUGGUGGGGCACCGGGGUUGGCGCUGCUGUGACUGAGGGACCAGGGGGGCGUGUCCAGGGCCAGGGCCCAGGUACCUCCAGCAAGCGGGCUGGGGGCUGUGGCAGCCCAGGGCCGGACCCGCUGCGGCUGAGGGGUGGGUGGGUGGGUGUGAGGGGCUCAGGAGGUGAGAGCAGUACUUGACGGGUGGUGGGACAGAGCCGCCCAGUAUGUCUGGAAGGCCAUCCGGAGGCCAAGGGUUAAACUGAGGCUGGGGUGGGCCGGCUCGAUGAAGCUGGCUGCCUCGCGAGGGGCCGUCGCGGCUCAGAUGCCCGUCUGGCGGGUCCCGGCUCUGCUCGGAGCCCACCUUAUAGCCCUGUCAUAUUUUCCUCCUACACGUGCCUUGUUGGUGAACCUGCUCCCUUGUUCACUGUUUGUCUCCCCUCGAGACUAUAAGCUCCGCGGGGCGGGGACCACAUUUGUCUCAUUCGUGCUGUGAGGCGCAGGGAAUGGUGGGACAGGGCAGGAAAGGAAGGAAGGAGGGUGACGGGUGGAUGCAUCGUAGGGGGAUACGGCUGGGUCACGUCAGGUGUGGAGAGUCUUGACGGCAGGGUCCGAGCUGUGGCUGCAGGCGAGUGACCAAGGUGGGGGAGGGCGGGGGCUCAGGUGGCCCCACGGGUGCUCUCACCUCUUUCCGAGGGUGCGGACCCCGCCUGUACCCUGUGACCGAGGGCUGUGGGUGACCUGCAGCCCCUGCAGGAUGACUGACUUCAGGGGCCGCCGCCCCACUCCCACGCCUGACCCCAUGUGUGCAGGGGGCCCUGGGUGACAUGGGAGAGCCCCCAGGAAGCUCGCCAUUCCCCUGGGGAGAAAGGCCUGGGCCAGGGGCAGUCUGGGACCUGUAGCUGCAGGGGGCUUGGAGUGAGUCAGUCAGGCGUGCUGCCUGGAGGAAGCGGCAGGGCCUGCUUGGCAGCCAUGGGCGGGCACUCUGCCACUGGUCUCCCUCCUUGCUUGUCACUCUGCAUCUUCCUUGGGGACCAACUCUUGGGAGGACCCACCCCGCCCUUCUCUGAGGCUCUCAAAACGUAGGCAACUCUUUAUUUUUUUAAUUAAUUAAUUAAUUUAUUUUUGUGGGGGUAUGCGGCCUCUCACUGUUGUGGCCUCCCCCGUUGUGGAGCACAGGCUCCGGACGUGCAGGCUCAGCGGCCACGGCUCACGGGCCCAGCCGCUCCGCGGCAUGUGGGAUCUUCCCGGACCGGGGCACGAACCCAUAUCCCCUGCAUCGGCAGGCGGACCCUCAACCACUGCGCCACCAGGGAAGCCCUAUUUUUAUUUAUUUUUAAGAAUGUAGACCUGGGCAGGAAUCCAGGAAGGCUUAAUCGGGGCUCUCUGGGUGUGCGCCUAUGGUAACACGCGUGGUUUACAGACAGGGCCCAAGACUGAAGCCCACUCUACCCCGGGCUCUGGAGGAAGCCUCCUGCUUGCCCACAGCAAACCCACCAGAAGUUACCAUCCAAAGGGUCUUAGCUCCAAAUGGUCCCCUGAGGAGGGUUGGGCUUCCUCCAGCAAACAGCCCAGUUGGGCCCCUACUCCGACCCGGACACCUCUCUGAAGCCAGGGCUUUGUGUCCCCAGGGCAAGAUGAGGACAGUCGCAGGUGGACUGGGGGGGUGCGUGGCGGGGACCAGCAGCCAGGUCUGUGUGAUGGCAGGGACCCCGCCCACCCCGUGACACCAUGGAGUUCACCUUCAGGCUGCACCAUUCUGGGCUUCGUUGUGACUGUAAUGUAGGGGGUGACGGGGGCAAAGUGCAGGGAGUGACAGAGCAAAGCGCACACCCAGGGCACUGAACGGCAGCUUGAACCUUAGCCUCACUCGUGGCUAACAGCCAGCAGAACUCCCCUGGCGCCCCUCACCCACCGGGCCGCUCUCCCUUCCCUGCAGAAAUCAGCCCUCCCGGCUAUUUAAGGUGAGUCCUUCCCCCUUGGCCCCUUCUGCGUGCUCAGCCAGUCAGGGGAAAGGUGCCUCAGGUCGGCCCGUGGUUAGGUGCUCCCUGGGACCUGGGUGGCUGCCGACAGGAGGGUGUGGCCCCUGCCCUGGUGGAGUUCGCGGCCAGUCCCCUGGGUGUGGCCACUACACCUGUCCCUCCUGCCUUGUGCCCAACGGUAGCUGAUGUGAAUUGAUGGCAUAUGGCUCAGAGGGUGAAUCAUCCCGUUCCUCUUUCCUGAGCAUGGGAACUCGGCGGCCUGGGGUCCCAGAGGAGCCCUCAGUCUGUGGGGAAAAUAGCGCCUCAAGAGCCAAGCCUGGCCCUGGAAGGCUUCCUGGAGGAAGGGAGACAUGAGCAGGCCAGUGGUUUUCUGAGUGUCUGAUGCUCUGUGCAGCUAGCUGGCCACUGUGGCGGAUGCUACCUGGACGUGGGGCAUCCAGGCUCAUCCUCUCCCUGGCCCAGAGAUCACACAGCCUGCUGGGACCACACAGUCGAUUUGGGGAAGACAAUCCUGGUCUAGGGUGUGGCACUAGUGCCUCUGGGCCUCAGCGUCCCCAGCCAGCGCUGUGGAGGAGCAAAAGUGGGGGACCCUGUAAGCGAUGCCAUCUGGAGGUCGGCUCGCAGACCGAGAGACUGGGUGCCGAUGGGUGCUCUUUAAACCAGGGUCCUUUAAGCCGCCCCAAGCACUUGCCCCCCCCCCAGUGCCAGACUGGCUCAGGGUCAGAGACCCUGACCCCCGGGGCGGGGGCUGGGCGGUGUGCGUGCUUGUGGUGCGUGUGCGCGUGCGUUGGUGCGGCCUGGCGCACCCCGUGCGCACCCACCGGCGCCUCGAGCUCAGCGCCGCGGCCCGGCCCGCCGCCGCGUGUCGUUGCAGCGCGCUGCAGGAGCAGAAGGGCGAGCUGCGCAAGCGGCUGUCCUACACCACGCACAAGCUCGAGAAGCUCGAGACCGAGUUCGACUCCACCCGCCACUACCUGGAGAUCGAGCUGCGCCGAGCGCAGGAGGAGCUGGAGAAGGUCACGGAGAAGCUGCGCAGGAUUCAGAGCAACUACAUGGCGCUGCAGAGGAUCAACCAGGAGCUGGAGGACAAGCUGUACCGCAUGGGCCAGCACUAUGAGGAAGAGAAACGAGCGCUUAGCCACGAGAUCGUCGCCCUCAACAGCCACCUGCUGGAGGCCAAGGUGACCAUCGACAAGCUAUCGGAGGACAACGAGCUCUAUAGGAAGGACUGCAAUCUAGCGGCCCAGCUGCUGCAGUGCAGCCAGACGUACGGCAGGGGCCAUAAGGUGUCCGAGCUGCCCUCAGAGUUCCAGGAGCACGUGAGCCUGCACAUGGAGAAGCAAGGCUGCAGCCUGCCCUCCCCGCUCUGCCGCCCGGCCUACGCUGACAGUGUCCCCCCCUGCGUCCUCGCCAAGGUGCUGGAGAAGCCAGACCCCGGCAGCCUGUCCUCCCAUCUGUCGGAUGCCUCAGCCCGUGACCUGGCCUUCCGCGACAGGCUGGAAAAGCCGGGCCCCCGGCCCCCCUACAAGGGGGACAUCUACUGCAGCGACACGGCCCUCUACUGCCCCGAGGAGCGGCGCCGUGACCGGCGGCCCAGUGCGGACGGGCCCGUGACCGACGUGGGCUUCCUGCGGGCCCAGAAUUCCACUGACAGCGCGGCCGAGGAGGAGGAGCCCGAGGCGGCGGCCUACCCCGCGGGCUACCGGCACGGGGCCUUCGGGGGCUACGCGGCCUCGCUGCCCACGUCCAGCUCCUACUCGAGCUUCAGCGCCGCGUCGGAGGAGAAGGAGCACGCCCAGGCCAGCACGCUCACCGCCUCGCAGCAGGCCAUCUACCUGAACAGCCGCGACGAGCUCUUCGGCCGCACGCCGCCUGCGGCCUACGGGAGCAGCCCGCGCUAUGCCUCGGCCGCGGCUGCGGUGGCCGCCCCGCUCGAGGCCGAGGCGGCCCCGGGGUUCGCGAGGACUGUGUCGCCGUACCCCGCCGAGCCCUACCGCUUCCCGGUCUCCCCCGGCCCCCAGCCCGCCCUGAUGCCCCCCAACCUGUGGAACCUGCGGGCCAAGCCGGGGUCGGCCCGGCUGGCCGCAGAGGACGUGCGCGGCCAGUGGCGGCCGCUGAGCGUGGAGGACAUCGGCGCCUACCCCUUCCCGGCCGCCGCUGCGGCCGCCGCCGCCGCCGCCCCCGGCCGCGCCUCGCCCGGCGGCUUCAACGACCGCUACUUCGGGGCCGGAGGCGGCCCGGGCGAGAAGGCCGAGGGCCGCGCCAGCCCCCUGUAUGCCAGCUACAAGGCUGACAGCUUCUCGGAGGGCGAUGACCUCUCCCAGGGCCACCUGGCCGAGCCCCGCUACCUCCGGGCGGCCGGUGACCUGAGCCUCAGCCCCGGCCGCUCGGCUGAGCCCCUGCCCAGCUACGCGGCCAGCGAGGGGGAGCGGGAGAGGCUCGGGGUGCAGCUCUGUGGGGCGGGGGGCAGCCCCGAGCCCGAGCACAGCCCUCGGAGCUCCAGGGAUUCCCUGGAGCCCAGCUCCAUGGAGGCCUCCCCGGAGAUGCACCCCGGCGCCCGCCUCAGCCCGCAGCCCGCCUUCCCUCGGACUGGCGGCUCGGGGCUCAGCCGCAAGGACAGUCUCACAAAAGCCCAGCUCUACGGAACCCUGCUCAACUGAGCACCCACGUGCAGGCCUCGGCCGUGGCCGCCCCGCACACCGGGUCCCGAGGGGUGCUGCCUCGCCUCCCUGAUACCCGUCCUCCCGGCCCCGCAAACGAGGACCCCGUUGAGCCGGGGGAGGGGGGGCACCCCACCCACGUGUCUCGUCCGCCCCCGCACCGCCACGGUGGACCGUUUCUCACACAGCAGCCUCCUUCCCCACCAGAGAUGAGCAUCCCCCCUUUUAUAAAGUGCAACUAUUUUUAUAGAGCAAAAGGGUCUUUCUUAACGCACUCAGCCUCCAGCUCCCUGGAUGGUGGCCUAGGCGUUUUCGACGCGACGCUCCUUGAUUUUCGGGUGAGGGUGAGUGGGGCCUGCCCCUCAGAGGGAAGGACGGUGUCCUGCGGAGACCCCCCGCCAGCCAGUGACAAGGGAACCCUGACGCUCUGUCCACAAAGAGGGGGACUGGAACGGGUGGAGGGAUGUGUAACGUUUUCAGCUGUUCUUGCCGUGUGGCCGACGACCGACCACCCCCCAGCUCCCCCGUGGUCCGUAGUCCCAAGUGGGGCCGGUGCUCGUCCCCCCAGUGUCCCGCUCCCCGGUACCACCUCGCUCUACCUCAGAUGUAAUGAGGCCCUCCGACCCCGGUUUCUGUAGCUUGCUUUCCUGUCGUCUGUGAUGCAUGCCCCGUCUCAGUACUGUAUUUUGCAUUCAUUAAUAAAAGACAUCGGUGGAAAGAAUUUGAGUUUGGGUAGUUUCUUCUCUCCCUUGCCUUUUGAUCUCGGGACGUGUGGCCUUGGGUGUCUCCCCCCAUCGUCCCCUCUCUCAGGCCAGGGCAGCCUGAUGAUAACACUCCUCCCCCGCCCUGGCACUGUGUCGUCCAGUGUUUGAGUUCUUCCAUCGUCUCAACCCACUAAACGUUGUUAUUGCCAUUUCAUACAAUGUUCCUUAUAGACUUUGCUUCUGCCUCAAGCUUCCUUAGGAGGUCCUUUAGUUCAGCUCUGCUGGUGACAAACUCUUCUGGGUUUUUUUUUUUUUUUUGCUCUGAAGAUGUCUUUGCCCCAUUUCUGAAGGAUAUUCUCACUGCGGAGAAUGUCAGCGGGGGUCUCUUACCCUCAGUGCACAGAGAUGUCACCUGGCUUCCUGCUGGGGUGGGACUCGCCAUCAGUCCCCC